AUGGAGAGCAUGCCUAGUGAAACUGUUUUUCAUUCAGAACAUUUCAGAAAUAAUGAAAAUAAUAAUAUAUGCAGAAAUGAGAAAUCAACUGCUUAUUCUGAGAAUUCUGAUGUAACAAAUAUUAAGGAAGAGUUAAAUGAUAAAAAAGAAGAUUUUAAUAAGAAAUUAUCCGAUAAUAUAAAUGAAAAAUUGAAUAUUUAUGAUAAUAUAAUAAGUGAAAUUAAAGAAUUAUAUAAUGGAAAUAUAAUUAUAAAUAAUAAAGGAUUCGAUAAAUUAAAUAUAAGAAAUAUAUCAAAAGGAUUAUUUUUAAACAUUAAUAAAACAGUUUCUAAAAAAGUUCGCGUUUUAGUUAUAGGAAAUUCUUCUUCAGGUAAAAGUACAUUUAUUAAUUGGUUUUUACAAGAAAAUAUACAAAAGACUGGAUAUGAAUUUGAAACAAAUACAUUUACACUCAUAACUAGUGGUAGUUAUUUUUCAGAAUUUAAUGGAGAUAUUACUAUUAAAACGUUCGAUUUUUUAAAAAAUGUAUCUAAUAGAAAUAGGAAUUUUAAAAAUAAUUUAUGUACAAAAAUGUAUGUUAGUAGAAAUAUUGAAACAAAAAAUAUAGAUUUUAUUGAUACGCCUGGUUUAAAGGAUGUAAUGAAUAAACUCGAUUUUGAUAUUAAUAGUAUAAUAUAUGACUUAUCAGAUUAUGUUGAUAUUAUUUUAGUUUUUUUCGAUUCUUCAGGGAAAUCAUUAAGUAAUCGUUUAAUUUUAAUUAUUAAAGAAAUUUAUGAAAAACAUAUGGAAAAAAUUAUUUUUGUUUUUUCUAAGAUUGAUGAAAUAAAACUAGAAGAAGAUAGAAUUAAAUUAUUGUGCCAAACAACUCAAUGUUUAGCUAGUAAAAUUAAUAUACGUACCAAUAUAGAUUUAUUACCUAUUUAUAUAUAUGGAGCUAAAAACGGAAAAUAUUUAUUUGAGAAUACAAAAAAUAAUAAUGAUUUAUGUAUAGUUAAUAGAAUUAAUGAUAUAAUUUAUGAAAUAAAAAAGUUAUUUUUUAAAAAGUUAGAAAAAGAUCUUUAUUGCUUAAUUAAUGAUUGUGAUAAUAUCAUAAAUAAAAUUUUAGAUAUUUUAAAAACGGACAAUGAGAGAAGGAUUCACAAAACAACCUUGAAGAGAGAAAGGUUUAAGCACACGAUGAUUCAAAUGUUUUUAUUUUUUCUUUUUCUUUUCUUUUUAUUUACCCAACUUUCAGUUCACACUUCUUAUAAAAAUAUACUUAUGAGUUAUUUUAAUUUCUCUAGUAAUAAUUUUUAUAAUAAUUAUAUCAAAAAUACUGGAGCAUUACUAAAUAAUUGGGAAAAUUCUUAUUUAAUUAUUAACACAACUUUGCUUUUUUUUUUUCUCUUAAGUGGAAUAAUGAAAAAAAAAUUUUCUAAAAAUAUAAAAACGUUACAUGUUUCAAGCAAAGAAAUAUUAAGAGAGCAAUUGACAUUUGCAAAAUUUGCAAAAGAUAGAGGAAAAUAUUUAGCAAAAACAUUUUAUGAGUUAAAACAGAACUAA